CGCUUUCCGUCUCCCGGUGCCGUCUGCAGGGCGGGCGAGGGGCGGCCGCUCCGCCGGGCAGCGCGGGCGGGGGGACAGCGGUGACGGAAAGCGGCAGCUGGGGGGGACGGCAGCGGCAGCGCUAGGUUGACUCGCCCCCCCCCCCCCCCCCCCCCCCCCCCCGCCUCCCCGGCCGGAGGAAGAUGGAGCUCGGUUAGUAAGGGCUUGCGGGAGGAGCGGCGGGAGCAGGCACAUGAUACUGCAGAGCUUCAGAAUCAGAAGUAAAAUCAGCUGGACAGUUGCCUCCUGCCUUCCUAAAUAGGUAAACAUAUUAGAAACAGGGGCCUACCUCCCUCAUUCCUGGAGAAAGUGGGUUUAGUGGUGUGGAUGCCUGCCUCAUUUGCUUCACCAAAAUGAGAUAGGGCAUGCAGGAGAGAAGGGAGAUUUCUGCAAGUAGAACCUACCAUGAUUUCUCAGGGGACAAAAUUUUGCUUAUUCAUACCUUCUACUGUGGCAAAAAUGGAUUAUUUUCCUCACCAAAAACCAGCAGCAUAACGCCCAUCUGACACAUGCCUCAAGGAACUCUUAUUUAAAGUCUGUUGUAAUUUAUUUCUCUGUAGCUGUGGUACAAGCAAGAGCCAACCAAUAUCGUCUGCUACCAGUAGGAAAUCUCCAUGCUAGUCCUUACCCUUGGCAUGUGGUAAAGUUGCAACUGAGCCUGUGAGGAGGAAUUAACAGGAAAAAUCUAAUUCCUGUUCAAAGAUGGAUGCCUUCUAGUCAACCAGUGAUUCCUGCUGCUGCUGCAUGUCUGGCAGCAUCUCUGAAUGAUCACAUGACUCUUGAUAUGGAUGCGGUCCUGUCAGACUUUGUUCGGUCCACAGGGGCAGAACCAGGUCUGGCAAGAGACUUACUGGAAGGCAAAAAUUGGGACUUGACAGCAGCUUUGAAUGACUACGAGCAGCUCCGGCAGGUACACACCGCCAACCUGCCACAGGUGUUCAAUGAGGGCAAAUACUACAAGCAGCAGGAGCCAGAGCAGCCUCCCCAGGUGACGAAGGCUGAGCGACCCUGCCUGCAAAGGCAGGAUGACAUUGCUCAAGAAAAGCGUCUUUCCAGAGGUAUUUCUCAUGCCAGUUCAGCCAUAGUCUCCCUUGCUCGAUCACAUGUAGCAAAUGAGUGCAGCAAUGAACAGUUUCCUUUGGAGAUGCCCAUCUACACAUUCCAGCUACCAGACCUUAGUGUGUACAGUGAAGAUUUCAGAAGCUUCAUUGAACGUGACUUAAUUGAGCAGGCAACAAUGGUUGCUUUGGAGCAAGCAGGACGACUGAAUUGGUGGUCCACAGUGUGUACAAGCUGCAAACGUCUUCUUCCCUUGGCUACAACAGGUGAUGGAAACUGCCUCUUGCAUGCUGCAUCUUUAGGGAUGUGGGGAUUUCAUGACCGGGACCUUGUUUUACGUAAAGCACUCUAUACUAUGAUGAGAAGUGGAGCUGAAAGGGAAGCACUGAAAAGAAGAUGGAGAUGGCAACAGACCCAGCAGAAUAAGGAGUCAGGUUUAGUGUAUACAGAAGAAGAAUGGGAACGGGAGUGGAAUGAACUACUUAAACUGGCAUCAAGUGAGCCUCGUACACAUUUCAGCAAAAAUGGAGGCACUGGUGGUAGAGUUGAUAAUUCAGAAGAUCCAGUGUAUGAGAGCUUAGAAGAGUUCCAUGUUUUUGUCUUAGCCCAUAUUUUGAGAAGACCUAUUGUUGUAGUAGCAGACACAAUGUUACGAGACUCAGGGGGAGAAGCGUUUGCACCUAUACCAUUUGGAGGAAUUUAUUUACCACUUGAAGUUCUACCUAACAGAUGCCAUUGCUCACCUCUUGUGCUAGCCUAUGAUCAGGCCCAUUUCUCUGCUCUUGUUUCCAUGGAACAAAAAGAUCAACAGAGAGAACAAGCGGUGAUCCCUCUGACUGACUCUGAACACAAGUUACUGCCUUUGCACUUUGCGGUCGAUCCUGGGAAAGACUGGGAGUGGGGAAAAGAUGACAACGAUAACACCAGACUGGCCAAUUUGAUUCUGUCUCUUGAGGCAAAGCUUAAUCUUCUACACAGCUAUAUGAAUGUAACAUGGAUACGCAUACCAUCUGAGACACGGCAGGCCCCUUUGGCUCAACCAGAAUCCCCUACAGCUUCAGCCGGGGAAGACGUUCAGUCUCUGGCUGACUCAAUGGACUCGGACCGAGACUCCAUCUGUAGUAAUUCCAAUGGCAAUAAUGGCAAAAACAGUAAAGAAAAAGAAAAGGACAAACAGAGGAAAGAUAAAGACAAAACCAGGACGGAUUCAGUUGCCAAUAAAAUAGGAAGCCUCAGUAAAACCCUGGGAAUUAAACUGAAAAAGAAUAUGGGUGGUCUUGGAGGCCUGGUGCAUGGCAAAAUGAGCAGAGCCAAUUCAGGGAAUGGAAAAAAUGGUGACGCAGUAGAGAAAGUCAAAGAGAAGAAGUCUAAGUCUCGAAAAGGGAGCAAAGAGGAAUCUGGACAGUCUGCGAGCACUUCUCCAUCUGAAAAGACCACUCCAUCUCCAACUGACAGAGCUAGCAACUCACCCAUUGAAAAGAUGAACACUAAAUCCUUCUCUGACAAGCAGUCUGACCCAUGGAAGUACAGCACUGAUGUGAAACUCAGCCUAAAUAUUUUGAGAGCUGCCAUGCAGGGUGAACGAAAGUUUAUUUUUGCUGGCCUUCUUUUGACCAGUCAUAGGCAUCAGUUCCACGAGGAGAUGAUAGGCUAUUACCUGACCAGUGCACAGGAGCGUUUCAAUGCAGAACAAGAACAGAAAAGAAAGGAUGCUGAGAAAAAGGCUGCACUGAAUGGGUCAUCUAGUAGGAAACUGGAGCCAGAAGCAUAUUCAAAAGAAAAAUUAGAAACAUCUCCUCAGGAUAGGGCAUCACCCGUCUUGCCUCAAAGCCAUACAACUCAGCUGGUUUUAAAAUUUAAAGAUCGCACUAGUCCCACUCCUGGGUCAUUUUCUUCACCUAGUAAUGGUGCUAAGAAAAGUGGACCCAUUCCGGUAUCUGCCCACUAUAGCCAUACGCCACCUGUUCAAAGACAAAGUGUCAUCCAUUUGCAUGAUGUCAACUCCAAGCCAUCGAGCUUCCAAGAUGAUACCUACAAGCCAGUGGUUGGCACCUUAAAAACCUGUGCCACCUAUCCCCAACAAAACAGAUCACUGUCUUCUCAAAGCUAUAGCCCAGCCCGGAUAUCCGGUAUCCGUACAGUGAACACAGUGGAAUCGCUGAGCUAUGCCAUGCCUACUGAACACAAGUCUCAGACAUACACAAAUGGAUUCAAUACCGGCGAUAUUAGAGACUGCUUAGAAUAUGCUGAUGAGGAUGCUCCUCAGACCUGGUUGAACAAUGAUAAAAAUCAAGGCAGAAGCACAGUUUGCCCAUUAUAUUCCAUCCAGCAGAACCGCUGUAAGAAGGAGAACUGUUCCUUUUAUGGUCGUCCUGAGACUGAAAAUUACUGUUCAUACUGCUACAAAGAAGAGUUAAAGCGCAGGGAGAGAGAAAGCAAGGGACACAGGCAUUGAGGAUUCUUCCGUGACUACUUAGUUUUACCAUUUUCUUACUUACAAAGUAAACAGUGUUGAAUUGCAGUAAAAGGAAUCCUUAAAAAAAGAAUAAAGGAUUGAUGAGUAAA